AUGCCAAACGUCUUUGCUGUGCCAGUCUUCUUCAUCUGCUUCCGAGAGUGCCUGGAGUGCAGCAUUAUUGUCUCUGUACUGCUGGCGUUCCUGAAGCAAACACUCGGCCCUAAGCACGAUGCUGCAGCCCACAAGAGGCUUGUUCGCCAGGUCUGGGCUGGUGUAGGGCUGGGUGUUUUGAUCUGUUUGAUCAUCUGCGCUGGUGUGAUUGGAACUUUCUACACUGCAGGCAAGAACGCCUUCGAGAAAGCCGAAAACAUCUGGGAGGGCGUUUUCGCGUUGAUUGCCAGUAUCAUUAUCACCAUUAUGGGUGCGGCGCUGCUCCGCGUCAGCAAACUGCGAGACAAAUGGAGAAACAAGAUCCGCAAAGUACUUGACGAUAAGGACACAAGCAAGCCCGUUGGAGGCCAUUUCAAAAGAUGGUCCGAGAAGUAUGCCAUGUUCAUCCUGCCCUUCAUCACCGUUCUCCGAGAAGGUAUCGAGGCCGUGCUGUUCAUCGCAGGCGUGGGCAUUGGUCUCCCUGCAACAUCGAUCCCUCUCGCAGCCAUAUGCGGCCUCGGCGCCGGAGCACUCAUCGGCUACCUGAUCUACAAGGGCGGCAACAAGACAUCUCUCCAGAUCUUCCUAGUGGCUUCAACAUGCUUCUUGUACCUUGUAGCUGCAGGCCUUUUCUCCAAGGGAGUCUGGAACCUAGAGCAGGAUGCGUGGGUCAAGCUUGCAGGCGAGGGAGCUGCAGAGGCUGGUGCUGGCCCAGGUAGCUACGAUAUCAGGAAGAGCGUGUGGCAUGUCAACUUCGGUUCACCCCUUGAAGACGGAUCCGGCGGUUGGGGCAUCUUCAACUCGCUGUUUGGAUGGCAGAAUAGUGCCACAUACGGCUCCGUCAUCUCGUACAACCUGUACUGGGUCGCCGUCAUCGCAGGCUUCGUGUACCUUGGUGGGAAGGAGCGUAAGGAGGUCGUCUCUGACACACCAGAAGACUUGAGCGAGACAUCGAGCAGUCACGCAGAACUUGCGGGGAAGAAGACCAGCGAAGAGGGGCACGUUGUGGAGUCGAACAUAAGGGAGAUCCGUGCAUAG